AUGUGUGAAAAUCUUAAUCCAGAUCGCAUAAGGUGCGAGCCAUGCCGAACUAUUAAUUUAGCAAAACAUGUUAAGCAACCGAAAACCGAUAUGCAAAUAUAUGAAAAAUGCAGUCCAACUCAGAAGUUCGACUGCCCUCGAGUGACUGAACUUCCACUUCACCCAACAUGUAUAAAAGUCUGUACAAGGGAAGAGUACGAAGCAAGGAAAUGUGGGCGAACGUUAGAGCUACCAAAAAUUGGCCCUGUCUAUGCCCAUGGAAAACUAAUGUAUGCUGUAAAAGCUGGCAUCCUAGUAAGUGCUGUCUACUUUACCUAUACUCAAGGAAUAUGGGGCAAUCAGCAAGACGUCACAGAGUGUAUACGUAGAUGGCAGGAAUACAUACGAAGCAUCAACACAAGACGCCCCCCUACCUUUGAUCACUGUGGAAACGUCAUUAGAAAAGAAUCAAGUGAAAGCAUCCUGGCCCCGUUGUAUUCAAUGUAUAAAUCACUGGUUACUACAUGUUUUUCAGGCGUAGUGAAAGUACCAUUAUUAAUCAAAUGCGCGUACUUGGACUACCUGAAAGCGCUUGAAAAAAUGAAAGACGAUGAAGCCCGUGAGAGAAAAAUCAGAAAGAAAAGUGGAUAGAAC